AGGGAAGGCCAGGAUUGGCUGAGAGGCAGUGGCAGGGUGGGUUAAGCAGCGCAGAUGAAGCACUUACCUGUCCAGGUAAGUCAGGAGGAGGUCAAAAGGAGGAAACAGUAGGCGGCAGGGGAAGCAGCUCUGUCUCUGUCUCUGCCCUUUGAAAUAUAAGGGUAUUCCUUUUCUCUCUUCAGCCCCCACCCAGUGAAGGCCCGGCUUGGGACAUUCUUCACUUCCCUUCGCUUCCCCUCUGGGAGCCCCUUUCGCCGUCCCUGCACCUUGCUUCGGGCAAUGCCCGAGAGGGAGCUCUGGCCAGCGGGGCCUGGCUCGGAACCUGUGACCCGUGUCAGCAGCUGCGACAGCAUGAUGAGCAUCACCUCCACCCGCUCUGGAUCUAGUGACAGCAGCUACGACUUCCUGUCUGCUGAAGAGAAGGAGUGUCUGCUCUUCCUGGAGGAGACCAUAGGCUCAUUGGACACUGAGGCUGACAGUGGACUGUUCACUGACGAGUCUGAGCAAGCUACAGCUCCUCGAGGUCCCCGAGCACUGCCCAUAACCCAGGCUGCUCCCCAGGGACAUUCAGAGGAGACGACCAUUCAGCAAGGACCACAGCCAAGGAGAGUAACUCAGUCCGGCUCACCCUAUCCACCUGAGCCGCGAGGCCUGGGCCUCAGGUCUGGCUCCUACAGCCUCCCCAGAAAUAUCCACAUUGGCAGGAACCAGAACCUCAGGAGAAGAACCACCCAGACUAAUAGCCACAUCCCAGGGGAAUCUGAGGGACUUGUCCCAGAGCCUGAGAAAGAGCAGGUCAGCCGAAGCAGUGAGCCUCGCCGGGCUCUGGCCGGCCCCCGGGAGGCUGUCGUUGAUCUGGACCCAGCGCUCAUCCCCCCACCGGAGGCUUUCCGGGACACCCAGCCCAAGCAGUGUGGGGAAGACAGCUUGCCCAAAGGGCCAGGGGAGCAGAGCCACACGCCCCAGCUCCACACGUCACUCAGCCCCCAGGAGAGAAAGGAGACUUCUUCAGAGGCCAUGUCCCAAAAAGCCAAUGAGAAAGGCUCAAUGAUGGGACCAGGACAACCUCAGCCUCCUCCUGCUAAGUUGUCUCAGAAUAUGAGAGUUGAAAAUGCUCCCAUCCCAUCAGGAGGGGAUCCAAAUGCCCAACUGGCUCCCCUCACAGCCCCUAAGCCCCGGAAGCUGCCACCUAAUAUUGUUCUGAAGAGCAGCCGAAGCAGUUUCCACAGUGAUCCCCAGAACUGGCUGUCCCGCCACUCUGAGGCUGCCCCUGGAGAGUCCAACCUGGUCUCCUCUUCACUGCAGGAGCAGAGGAAAGCCCGCAGAGAGGCGCUGGAAAAGCUGGGGCUACCCCAGGACCAAGAUGAGCCCAGCCCCCACUUAAGUAAGCCCACCAGCUCCAUCAGACCCAAGGAGACUCGCGCGCUGCCCCCUGUCCCAGCUCCAGUUCCAGCUCAGGUCUCUGCAGCUGUGCUGGAUGCAGGAAAGGCUCCAGCUCCUGCUCCAACUCAAGGACUUUCUCCAGUGAAGGCUCCAGCUCCAGCUCCGGCUCUAGCUCAGGGAUCUUCUUCAGGCAAGGUUUUGAUUCCUGCCCAGGAACCCACUCCAGGGAAGGUUCCAGCUGCCAAAUCCGUGCCAGUUCCUAUCCCUAAGGCCCCAAGGGUAAAUAGUCCCCUAAUUCAGCCAAAGCCAGACUCAGGGCUGACUCUCCAGGAAAGCAACAUCCCUGGCCUGAGACAGAUGAACUUCAAGUCCAACACUCUGGAGCGUUCAGGCGUGGGGCUGAGCAGUUACCUCUCGGCCAACAAAGAUCCCAGCCCCCAAACUAGCACCUCUCUGGGAAAAGGCUCCUUCCUGGACAGGAUCUCGCCCAAUGUCUUACGUAAUUCCCGGCCCCGCCCUGCCUCCUUGGGCACGGAGAAGGACUUUGCAGUUAUCCAGGUGGGAAAGUUGGCCGACCUGGAGCAGAAGCAGAGCUCCAAAGGCCUGUCCUACCAAGGACAGAGCCGUGACAAGCUGCCUCGACCCCCCUGUGUCAGUGUCAAGAUCUCCCCAAAAGGCAUCGCUGAUGAACAUAGAAGGGAGGCUCUGAAGAAGCUGGGACUGUUGAAGGAGUAGGCACUGGCUCCAGCACCACCAUUGCCACCUCCUCCUGCCCCCCUCACACAAGAAGAGACUCAGGGCUCCACUCGGGAGCCUUUCCCACCUCACAACUCAGGGCUUGGGUAGGGGUAGGCUUUUCUCCGAUGCUCUCUUCUCUCUGAGGUGAAG